GUGUCCCAGAAAGAUUUUCCUUUUACUUUAACUCCUGUUGUUUGUUUUCAGGCACGUGACUCCUUUAAUCCAGUGACUGUCAGGUCGAUCAUAUCCAUGUUUGACCGUGAGAACAAGGCCGGCGUGAACUUCAGCGAGUUCACGGGUGUGUGGAAGUACAUCACGGACUGGCAGAACGUCUUCCGCACGUACGACCGGGACAACUCCGGGAUGAUCGACAAGAACGAGCUGAAGCAGGCCCUUUCAGGUUUCGGCUACCGACUCUCUGACCAGUUCCACGACAUCCUCAUUCGAAAGUUCGACAGGCAGGGACGGGGGCAGAUCGCCUUCGACGACUUCAUCCAGGGCUGCAUCGUCCUGCAGAGGUUGACGGAUAUAUUCAGACGUUAUGACACGGAUCAGGAUGGCUGGAUUCAGGUGUCGUACGAACAGUACCUGUCCAUGGUCUUCAGUAUCGUAUGACCCUGGCCUCUCAUGAAGAGCAGCAUGACAUGGCAAGAGCCGAAACGCCAAAGUUCCUGCCUGUGAGGGAAUGGAACCCAGAUGCAGUUAGAUGCUGUUCUUCCUUUAGAUUUUACCAUGUGGGGACCCAACUGUACAUAUGUGGAUAAGGUGAUUAGUGUUUUCCAACUGUGAUAGUAGCUGCAUCAUAAUGCAGACAUUGGGUUUGGUGACUGUCUCAUUGUGCCAUGAGGUAAAUGUAAUGUUUGAGGCAUUCUGCUUGCAAAAAAAUCUAUCAUGUGCUUUUCUAGAUGUCUCUGGUUCUAUAGUGGAAAUGCUUUUAUUAACCAAUAGGAAUUUUAAAACAAUAUGGAACUUGCACAAAAGGCUUUUCAUGUGCCUUACUUUUUUAAAAAGGAGUUUAUUGUAUUCAUUGGUAUAUGCGACGUAAGCAAUAAAGGGAAUGUUAGACCUGU